CGACAUGCACAUUAAACGUUGCUUUGUAGUCCGUCCGGACUCCGGAAACCACCUGGUCCAGCUUUCCACACGCGCAUGUUGUAGUUGGAAUGACUUCCCUUUACUAGCGGGUAGUUUUAACUGUGUCUGUAAUCUCUUUCUUUUAAACCAUGUCAGGCAAAUCGGAGUUGAAAAUCAACCCCGGCUUCGCUCAGAAAUAUGAGAAGUACCGACAGAAAGAAGAGCUACAGAGACUGAAGGACCGAUACGGAGACCGAGCAGAUGAGAGUGACUCCGAGUCGUCCGAGUCCAGCUCUGGGGACAGUGAAGUGGAACUAGACCCUGAAGUUGAGAGGGAUUUUUACAGAACGUUGUCUCUGCUGAAGAAGAAGGACCCCAAGAUCUAUGAGGCAGAUGCAAAGUUCUACUCAGAAGAUGCAUCCACCAGUAAUGAGAAGCCUUCAACGUCGAAGACAGCAGUGAAGCCCAUGUAUCUCAAGGACUAUGAACGUAAAGUCAUACUGGAGAAGGAAGGCAAAUAUGAGGAUGAUGACGACAGUGAUGACGAGGAGGCCGCCAGGAGAAUAGAGAGAGCUGCCUCUCCGAGCUACAUUCAGGAGCAGCGGGAGCUGAAACAGAGCUUCCGUAAGUUCAUCCAGGACAGCGACGACGAUGAUGAUGAUGACGAUGAUGACGACAAGGGCAGUGGGCGAGAGGGACCAUCCAAGCUGCUCAUCAGGAGGAUCAAAACACAGGAAGAGAAGGAUAAAGAAGAGGCAGACUAUGUGGACUGGCUGAAAGGCCAAGCUGACCUCGAGGGUCCGGAGGAGGUGAAGGACAUGAAGUACUUAAGGGACUACUGGAAUGACCCAGAGCUGGACGAGAGGGAGCGUUUCCUGAGAGACUACGUCCUCAACAAGGGCUACCUAGAUGAGGGUGAUGAUGAACGGAUCCCGACCUACGAAGAGGUGGUCCAGGAUGAUGUGGACGAUUCGGAAGAGGAAGGGGAGACUUUCUUGGAGCGGCAGGCGGACUUUGAGAGAAGCUACAACUUCCGAUUUGAAGAGCCCGACGCUCAGCGGGUCAAGACGUACCCCCGCAGCAUCGCCACCUCCGUGCGCUCCAAAGACGACCGCAGGAAACGCAAAAGGGAGGAAGUGAAAGAAAGGAAGGAUAAGGAGAAAGAGCAGAAGCGCGAGCAGCUGAAGCAGCUGAAGAACCUGAAGCGCAACGAGAUCAUGGAGAAGCUCAAGAAGCUCCAGGAGCUGACCGGCAACGAGCAGCUGGCCUUCAGUCAGACUGACCUGGAGGGAGACUUCGAUCCACAGCAACACGAUCAGCUCAUGCAGAAGUUCUUUGGGAACGAAUACUACGGAGAAGAAGAGGAGGGGAAGCCUCAGUUUGAUGAUGAUGAUGAGCUUGACGAGCACUGGAACUGGGACACUUGGACCGGAGAGGAACGAGAGGAGGACGGUGAUGAAGAGGAGCAGGAGUAUGACGCCUCUGGACCCCACUGUGAAGAUGAAAACUUCAUUAUGGAUGCGGACUACGACCCGAGCCAGCACACCGCCUCUAAGAAGAAAAAGGAACGGAAGAAGAUGAAGAAAGAGGAUUUGCCACAAUCGGGCAAAAAGAAGAAAAAGUCUCACUUUGCAGAAGUCAUCACCAAAAACAAGCCUGUGUUUGAUCCACAGGAGAAGAGCUUUGAGCAGUACCUGGACGAGUACUAUAAGCUGGACUACGAGGACAUCAUUGACGACCUGCCGUGCCGGUUCCGCUACAGGCAGGUCCUGGCCAACGACUUCGGCCUGAGCACCGAGGAGAUUUUAACUGCUAACGAUACAGAGCUGAACCGCUGGUGCUCUCUGAAGAAGACGUGCAUGUUCAGGUCUGACAAGGAAGAGACGAGCGAUUUGAAGAACUAUAUCAUCAAGGCUCAGAAUGAAAAGAGGAAAAAGGAAAUCCUGAGCUCUGUGUAUUCUGAGGAAGACAAAGAGCUGGCAGAGGCUAAGACCAAGGUGGGGAAGAAGCGACGAGAUCAUCUGAAGGACGCUGAGAAGCGAGACGGAGCGACAGCUGAGGACGGCGACGCAGCCUCAAUCCUAGACUCUGCGGAAGAGACUGUAGUCCAAGCUCUCCGACGAGCAGGAGACGAGGCAGAAGAAGCAGCAGCAGAGGAGGAGGAGAUUCUGAUACCCAAGAAAAAGAAGAUGAAACGGGAAGAGGAGCCCCAGACGGGGGUUUCUGCCGUGGCAGCGGCAGGUAAAGCUGACGAGGUGGAAAACAGGACUGAGAGGCCAAAGUGGUCCAAGAAGAAGCACAAGCCCUCGGGCGGACGCCUCAUAUCGGGAACCGGCGGGGUGAGAAUAGGCGGCCGGGAGUUCAGCAGACAGAGACUGAAGGCCUACGGUCUGAACCCCAAGAGACUGUUCUUCAGACAGCUCGGCAGACAGAAACGAAAAGCGCAGGAGAAGAAAGAGAAGCAGAAAAACAAGGAGUGAGCCGCCACCUCUGAGAUAACUGACCGUAUCGUACAAUCCAUUGAUAUUUAAUGGUCUAAGAAUUAAAUGCUAUAUGAAAGUUAUUUACUUUAUGCCCUCAAAGUUCCUUUUUUUGAUUUGAAAACUGCAAAGAAUUGUUUAAAUGGUGGCUACAAAUUUAGAAUUUGUACCUAAUUGUUCAUACUUACGGUUGAGCAUAUGGUUGGAUUAUGGGUUUGACAUUAACCGAUUUCUCUUGCUAAUAUUGUCUAGAUUUCACAAAACGAUGUAAUAAACAUGCAGUUGUAUAUGA